AGCAAUGAGAAAUGUAUCCACGUGAGUUGUCCUUCAUGUGUAUGACAUGAAAACACUAAACUUCGGCACAAACCCCUAGAGUAGCCACAUCCAACCGACUGUAGUAUUCUCCCAGUCAAUUGUGUGCUGUGGAUUCGUACUUUUCAUGUACAGGGACAACAGACUCAACAGUACAAUGUAGAUCCCACCCCAGUGUCCGAUGACGUCAAGAUAUGUCUUGGAGAACGGGAAGGUUUCGUUGUGUGGCACGAGCAGCCGUGGUUCACUGGUUAUGAGCAGCUUAGACCCGAAAGAUUGCCGAAAGAAAAGGAGAUCCGAUCUAUCCAGGAUGCUGUCUAUCUGCGCCACCUCCGCGUUAUCAUCUGCAUUUUCAUCUUCAGAGUUGAUAGUGUGCGUGGGAGUAUCCAAUAUGGCUCUCUCUGUCUUUCUCUACUUCUACCAGAGGUACUUGCACCCAGAAUAUGAGCAUGAUCACCCGGGACUACAGUUUGGAUCCGAAUCAGGAUCUACAGGCAGAUACUCGGCUAUUUCCACACACUUUAAGCUUCUCUCGUCGUUGAGCGGAUGGAUCAUGUUCUCCUCUCCAUGCAGCUACGCACUGCUGUGACGUCAACCAGCGCCCCUAUCCGGAGACCUAC